UUGCUCUGGUUUCCUCUCAUGGUCCAAAGGUGUGCAGGUUAGCUGGGUGGGCCAUGCUAAAUAGUGUGCUGGAAUAUGCAGAGUGGGUGGAUUGACCAAGGGAAUUGCAUUAAUAAAGUAAGGGCUGGGCCUGGGUGGCAUGCUCAUAGCAGGGCCGAUGGGCCAAAUGGUCUCCUUCAGUCCUUGAGGGCUUCUCCAAUCCCAUCAUUCCAUAGGGGUGAACAUACCCAUAAUCCCCCGCGGUGCAGACCGUCGACCCAGAGGCAGGAGAGCAGUGCGCAGGCGCAGAGUCGGCAGCGACUGGAAAAUGCGCGGAGAGGGCGAAGGCGAUGGGCUCCGUAAACCUCGGUGAUGAUGCAGGAAGGAGGAGCCGGUCGAUCGCGCGAAUGGACUGAGAGAUUUCGUGAAGGGCUCGUGAUAUUUGAAGAACAUUCAUGUCUUCUAAUGGAUGCGAAGAUUCGAUCAUCAGAAUCUUGAUAUUAUCUACCUUUGAUUAGUGUUAGAAGGGGUGGAUUUGUAAUUGGGCAACAGAAGCGAACGGCAAAUCAGGACCUGUCUGAAUUACCAAGUUUCUGGUGACCCGAUUUGAACAUGGAAGGGGAAAGCACUGUUCACAGCGGAGAGACACUGCACACGCCUCCUGGUUGCCGCCAGGAUUUCAGCCAGUCUUCUGGUGUGUUGGAACACAGCCAGAAAGAGAAGAAACCUUGGAAGUGUGGGGACUGUGCGAAGGGAUUCCGAUUCCCGUCAGAGCUGGAGGUUCAUCGGCGCACUCACACUGGAGAAAGGCCAUUCACCUGCUCCAAGUGUGGGAAGAGGUUCACUCUGUUAUCCCACCUGCUGACCCACCAGAGAGUUCACACCGGGGAGAGGCCGUUCACCUGCACCGAGUGUGGGAAGGCUUUCACUCAGCUGUCGCACUUGCUGAAACACCAGCUCGUUCACACCGACAAGAGACCUUUUCAGUGCCCAGACUGUGGGAAGUGCUACAAGAGUUCGGAUAAUCUGACGUCCCAUCAACGUGUUCACACGGAUGAGAGACUGUUCAGGUGCUCUCAGUGCGGGACUGGGUUCGGGCGGUCAUCGCACCUCACUGCCCACCAGCGGGUUCACACCGGGGAGAGGCCGUUCACCUGCUCUGUGUGUGGGAAGGGGUUCACACAGUCAACCCACCUGCUGAGGCACCACCGAAUUCACACUGGGGAGAGACCGUUCCAUUGCCUGGAUUGCGGGAUGUGCUUCACAAGUUCUGAGGAACUGGCGUCCCAUCAACUAGUUCACACUGAUGAGAGACCGUUCAUGUGUUCUCACUGCGGGACUGGGUUCAAGAAAUCAUUCCAGCUGACUGUCCACCAACGGAUCCAUUCUGGAGAGAGGCCAUUCACCUGCUCCGAGUGUGGCAAGGGAUUCACUCGCUCAUUCCACCUGCUAAGACACCAGCAGGUUCACACUGGAGAGAAACCUUUUAAGUGUCUGAACUGUGGGAAAUGCUUCAAGAGUUCUGGGGAACUAAUCUGCCAUCAACGUGUUCACACUGAUGAGAGGCCAUUCAGGUGCUCUCACUGUGGAACAGGCUUCAGGUUAUCAUCUCAUCUCACUGUGCACCAGCGUAUUCACACUGGAGAGAGGCCGUUUACCUGCUCUGUGUGUGGGAAGACAUUCACUCAGUCAUCUAACCUUCUGGCACACCAGAGGACACACACUGGAGAGAAGCCGUUCGCCUGCCCCGUGUGCAGAAAGAGAUUUGCUCAGUCGUCCAACCUCCUGGCACACCAGCGGAUUCACGAUGCGAAGGAUUUGCAAGACCGGCUCUUCAGAAACAAACACUAUACCAAGAUCUGGCAGAGUCACUCCAUUUGUCAAGAUGUAGAUAGAGAGCCAGCUGCUGCUGCUGCCAAGUCUGGAAAGAUUAAGCCCGAAUAUAGUCAGAUUUGGAACAUGGAAGGAGAGAGCGCCACUCACGGUGGUGACAAGCCAUACCCAUUUUCGCAGCGUUUCAGUGAUUCGUCUGGACUGACCCAACACAAGCGUAGUCACACCAAGGAGAAACCAUGGAAGUGUGGGGAUUGUGGGAAGGGCUUCAGAUCCCCAUCUGAGCUGGAAACCCAUCGGCGCAUUCACAGUUCGGAGAGACCGUUCACCUGCCCUGACUGUGGGAAGGGUUUCACUCGGUUAACGUCAGUGCUGACACACAAGCUGGUUCACACCGACGAGAGACCUUUUAAGUGUCCAGAGUGCGGGAAGUGCUUCAAAAGUUCCGGACAACUGCUGAGCCAUCAACGUGUUCACACUGAUGAGAGACCGUUCCGAUGUUCUCACUGUGGGACUGGUUUUAGGCGAUCGUCUAACCUCAGUAUACACCAGCGAAUUCACACUGGGGAGAGGCCAUUCAUCUGCUCCGAAUGUGGGAAGAGGUUCACUCGGUUGUCUCACCUACUGACACACAAGGGAGUUCACAAACACAUUCGAGCGGCCAACCAAGCACGUAGGAGACUUCGGACCCAGAGCAAUGGUGUGAAUCUGAUUGACCCAGAGAUGGAGAAGCGGAGAAAGUCCAUUGUUUUACUCUUUGCCAUCUCAGCCAGUUUCAUCGUGUUGUAUUUGUUGUCUUUUAUAACGCAUUUAAAAGACUCUCCAGUGAGGGGAGCAGACAGGAAACUCUGUGGCAUUGAAUGUGAAUACAGGAUAGCAUGCUGCUUUACUGGUGCCAGGGUUAAGGACGUGUCAAAACAUUUGAAGAAUAUCAUCAAAGGGGAGCAAGAGAAGCCGGAAGCUGUGGCACACAUUGGAAGGAACGACAUAGUGAGCCAAAGGAUUAAGGCUUUGCAGAGCGAACAUAUGAGGUUCGGUGAAAGGUUCGAAAAGAAAAACAGCAAAAGAGAUGUCAGCAGUGAGACCAACGAGACGAUCGGUGAGCUGGAAUACUGGAUGGAAAGAUCAGGAGGUGGAGCGACCAAAGGAGGAGUUGAUUUGGACCCUUCUGGAAGAUCAAUGGCCCUGGGCUGGGCACGGAUGCAGAGUUCAGACCAAACAUCAUCUCAAUCCCUGGAUCUAUUAGGACCUGAAUCAGAUGGACAUCUGAAUAUGGAGGGAUUAAGGGCAUUGGAAAGGGACAGCAAGCUCAAGACAAACACCAAGUCCGAGACACUUAAUUCAUCAGGACCUGAAUGUCAUCGGAUUUUGAACAUGGAAGGUAAAAGCACUUGCAGCAGUCGGGAGAAACCGUACUCGUGUUCUGUGUGUGGACGAGUCUUCAACCAAUCAUCUGGCCUGUCAAGACACAAAGUUAGUCACAGCGAACAGAAACCGUGGAAAUGUGGGGACUGUGGGAAAGGGUUCAAUUACCCGUAUGAACUGGAGACUCAUCAGCGAGUUCACACCGGGGAGAGACCAUUCACGUGCAGUGAGUGUGGGAAGGGAUUCACUCAGUCCUCCAGCCUUCUGACGCACCAGCGGGUUCACACGCACGAGAGACCUUUUAAAUGUCCAGACUGUGGGAAGUGCUUUAAAAGCUCCUGGGAGCUGAUGACCCAUCAGCGUGUCCACACUGAGGAGAGACCAUUCAGGUGCUCUCACUGUGGGGCUGGAUUCAAGUACUCAUCUCAACUCACUGUACAUGAGCGCAGUCACACGGGGGAGAGGCCGUUCACCUGCGCGGAGUGUGGGAAGGGAUUCACCCAGUCAUCGAUCCUGUUGAAGCACAAGCGAGUUCACACUGGGGAGAGGCCGUUCACCUGCACCGAGUGUGGGAAGCAAUUCGCUCAGUCUUCCAGCUUGCAGACACACCAGAGAGUUCACACCGGUGAAAGGCCGUUUGUUUGCCCUGAUUGUGGGAAGCGAUUCACGACCUUAUAUAACCUGCUGAUACAUCAGCGCAUUCACACCGGGGAGAGACCGUUCACCUGCUCAGAGUGUGGCAAGAGAUUUAUUAACUCAUCCCACCUGCUGAGACAUCAGCGAGUUCACAAGUAACUCGAGAGAUUGGAUUUUGUCGCUCGUCACAUCAGGACUGAAUCACGUUCGUUGGGGUUUGUUUCUGCUGCUGUUAGUAAAGGCCAGCGUCCAGUAAUAUGUGCCAACAUUCUGAAUGAAAGUCGAAUAGAUAAGUUUCAGCCACGCUGUGUCAAGUAUUUUCUAAUAUCGCUGAAACCCAUUCGUUCCUCUUGAAGUGCUCUCUCUUUGUCUGGUUUCCUCCAAAAAGUGCAAGAUACUUCUUCGUCACUAACAUUCAGACGAUCUGAACAACUGCCUGUGCCUCCUUUGCGUGAGCCGACUGGAGAAAAUGUCUUCUGACGUUUGUCCACCUCCAUCCCUGGGCGCUCAGCUUUCUCCGGUUUCACUCUCGAUGUGCUGUCAGCACUCAGGUUGCCGAUUGAGACCCACCACCUGCGCACCUUCGACCCAAAUCUCCAAAAACUGCUGACUAUUUCCCCAUGUUUGUUGCUGUUGCUAAUGGUUCACACUCUGUCUCUUCUGGUUCUGUCCCUCUCACCUUUACAUCCAUAAUCCACCCGAAAAUAAACCCUUAACCCCACCGUCCUUUCAGACCUCUGUCCCUUGUUCACACACUCCCUUUCUUUUCUGAGGCCUUGAUGUCACUCAAGAAUGUGUCCUCGAUCUUUCCUAUUUCCCAUCUACGCGCUGUCACUUGGUCACACCACCUGAAAGCACUGUGUUACUUUUCAUACGUACACUGAGACCAUCCAGCUCUCCUCACCAACAUCCCUCACCAUUCUGAAAAUGUUACAAAACAGAUCAAACUACUAAUCCCACAUCCAGUGCUGGAUGAAAUGCAGUUAUAAACUGGGAUGAUCAAGGCCAUUGACUUUGUUCGCUCCUGAUUAGAUUAGAUUCCCUAGUGUGUGGAAACAGGUCCUUCGGCCCAACAAGUCUGCAAUGACCUUCCGAAGAGUAACCCACGGAGUCCCAUUCCCCUCUAAAUGAUGCACCUAAUGCUAUGGGCAGUUUAGCAUGGCCAAUCCACCUGACCAGCUUGUCU